CGCCUGUGGCGAUGGCGGAGCCGCCUGUGGCGAUGGCGGAGCCGCCGCGGGGCCGUCGCGUCUUCCUCAACCACCUCGACUCCUACUGCGGCCGCACCAUCGGCGAGUAUUUGUCCAGGUGUGUUGUUGGGGCGUCACUUGAAAAGGAAGAGGAAGAGGAAGAAGAGGAGGAAGAUGAAGAAGAGGAGAAAGCUGUUGAGGUUCCUAGUAGCCCAGAGGAAGUCUACGAAAUAGUGGGUACUCUUUCUAAACCAGGGAGUACAAAACCACGUUUUGCACAGGAAAUAUAUGCAGUCUCUCCUCGAGAUGAACUCUUAAAUCACUUGCUUGAGUGUGAGGUUGUUUUAUAUAAUAUCACUGAGGAUACAGAUCAAAUCGAGGAAGCAACGUGGGCUGCUUCUGCCUUACAUAAGGAAAUAGAGAAUUUUGCAAAACCAAAGUUGUUCAUCCUCAUCUCAACAAUAAUGACCUGGGCAAAUACAAAACCCACUGACCCUGAAAAUCCUGAGGCUCCUUUUACUGAUGAAGAUUAUCGCAAAAGAAAACCUCAUCCAAACUUUGUGGAUCACACAAAUGCUGAAAAACUCAUUGUGAAACUUGGAAAAACUAACAAAAACAAAUUUUCAACUUAUGUUGUUGCCUCAGGACAUCAAUACGGAGCUGAGGAAGGAGUCUUCCACUAUUUUUUUAAGAUGUGUUGGCUUAGUGAGACUCCUGAAAUACCUGUUUUUGAAGAUGGAAAGAAUUAUAUUCCAACCAUUCAUAUUCUUGAUUUAGCAGCAGUGUUGCAAAAUGUAGCAGACCACAGACCAGAAGUUCAGUAUAUGCUUGCAGUGGAUACAUCCAAGCACACACUUGAAGAAUUAAUAAAGUGCAUCAGUAAAAAUGUUGGACCAGGAAAAAUUCAGAAGAUUCCUAAAGAAAAUGCAUUCCUGAGCAAAGAUUUAACACAAAUGAAUUUGGACAUGUUGCUUGUGAACCUGCAAAUGGAAUCUACUGUUCUGAAAGAGGCUUUCAACAUUAACUGGGUUGCCGAGGCAGGACUGAUAGAGAACAUUGAAAAAGUUGUCAAGGAAUACAAGGAAAGUCGAGGAUUACUGCCUCUCAAAGUUUACAUUCAUGGUCCUCCUGGGGUUGGCAAAUCCACCAUUGCUGAGGAGCUCUGCAAACAUUACAGGCUACAUUACAUUAAGAUAGAUGAUGUGAUUUCUGAAAAAAUUGCACAUCUGGAGAAAAUUGUGGCUAAAGAACAGGACACUGGAGUAGAGGAGGGGGGAGAUGAGGCAGAGGAGGAGGGUGAAAAUGUAGAAACAGCACUGGAGUUAUUAGAUGGAAUAAAAGAAAACAUGGAGCUGAAUAAAGGUCGUCUAGAUGAUCAGUUUAUUGUUACAAUUGUGAAGGAUAAGCUCCAAUCUAUGCCCUGUAAAAAUCAGGGAUAUGUUUUAGAUGGGUUCCCAGAGACCUACAGUCAGGCAAUGGAACUUUUUCGUGCAGAAGAUGAAGAGGAAGAAGAAGAAAUAAAAAGCAAAAUACCUAAAUGUCAUAAGAUAAUCACACCUGAAUUUGUUUUUUCUUUGACUGCAUCUGAUGAAUUCCUUCUAAACAGAAUAACAAAUCUGCCAGAGAGUGUCGUUGCUGGGACUCAUUAUACUCAGGACAGGUUCCCGCAAUCUCUGAAACUCUUCCGAGAUUCCAACACAGAUGAUACGACAGUUCUCAACUAUUUUGAUGAACUUGAAAUACAUCCUCAGUUUAUUGAUGUACCCAUAUAUGAAGAUCCUGAGAACAGAUUUAUUGUGCAAAAGAUCAUCACAGAAAUUGGAGAACCUCGAAAUUAUGGCUUGACAGAUGAAGAAAAGGAGAUUUUGGAACGCAAAGCAGCCGAGGAACGCCUUGCCAAAGAAGCCCAAGAAAAAGCUGAACAAGAGCGUAAAGAAGCUGAGGAAAAUGCUGAAAGGAUGGCAAGAUUGGAAGAGUGGAAUAAACAGCAGGAGGAAGUGAAAAGACAAGAACAAGAGUUACUGGAGGCCCAAUCCCUUCCACUACGAAACUAUUUAAUGAAGAAUGUCAUGCCAACACUUAUGCAAGGGAUAAAUGAAUGCUGUAGGAUCAGGCCAGAAGAUCCAGUCAAUUUUCUGGCAGAAUACCUCUUCAAGAACAGUCCUGAUAUUGACUGGAAUAAUCGUUAAAUCCUAGCAGCCAUGGGAAUUGUGAAAUAAAAAUGCAG